GGCAAUAACAAUAUUAUUAUCAAUCACCCGUAAGAAAGGGGUCGUUCAACAAUUGUAGGCACGUGUCUUAAUUGUCUUAUAUUCAAGCAGUUUAUUAAGCCAAUAAACCCUCCCCGCAUAUGCGUAGUAAGGCCGAAACAAGUAAAAGAAUAAGAAAAAACACCACAAAUGAUUUGUACACAAUAUUUGUUUGAUUACACAUCUCACCCUAUCAGUUCAAAUUUGUACGUAUCAAAUGAUACACGAUGUUUUAACAACUCCAGAUUAAAGAAGAUUAAAACAAUGACAAUGAAAUAUUAGUUUCUUGCUACCUGCUUUUUGACCCUUUCAAGGUUUACAUUUUUAAAUCCUUCCACCCGGUAUAUUUGGAUCAAUUCAUCUUGCAGAAAGACACCAAACAUACGCCCAUGUAUCAAUUACUUAAUGAACAAAACUUGUUGUCGCUCUUUUUGCAUUAAGUUAUGCGCGUUCGACAGGAGAACCAGAACACAAAGCAUGAACAAUUAUUCGGAGAUGAUUUUGGCGAUGGCCGAAAUUAAUUGCUACAGAAGAUACAACGGUACGGACGCCAGUUUGUCGGGUUAUUGUGAAGCCGUUUUCGACAGUCUGAUGUGUUGGCCCCCCACAAAAGCUGGAGAAACUUCCUACCAAAGUUGCACCAACGAUUAUGUCAACAGUAAGCUUCAGGCAAAAGCAUCAAAGUUGUGUACACCGAACGGGACAUGGUAUUCAAGAUCAAACGACACUGCAACGCACUACACCAAUUAUUCCCUAUGUGGGAUGAUGUGGUUUGACUACAAAAGUGGCGAAUUGGACUUAAAAGACUUGACCUACAACAAGUGGUUACCCAUCAUCAAAAACAUAUCGUACUUUGGAUACAUACUCUCCAUAGUGUCUCUUGUAGUAGCUCUACUUAUCUUUAUCGGCAUAAAAUGUUCUUCUAGGAGACUCCACUGCCAGAGGAAUACGUUACACAUACACCUAUUCAUGACAUUCUUACUUAAGGCUGCUAUGUUCGUCAUUAAUGACGCCUUGUUCGUCCAAGGGACUGCCCUGGUUAAUGAGGUCGACUUUGAAAAUGGUGCAGCUCAGUUUACAAAAACACACUAUUCUUGGGUGUGCAAGGCCAUCGUGAGCCUUAGAAACUACUUCAUAGUGUCAAAUUUCAUGAUGGUGUUGAUGGAAGGGAUGUAUCUUCACAAUUUGAUGUUUUUGAACUUAUUUUCCGAUAACCAUGACGUCAGUAUUUACUAUGGAGCUGGAUGGGGAAUCUCAUUUAUUUUUGUUAACUUAUGGGUGAUUAUGCAGGCUGUAUAUGAUGACACCAUGUGUUGGACCAUAAAGAAUAAAAUCACUCUUUUGCUUGAUGUUCCUAUUGGUGUUACAGUUGUGGUAAACUUCAUUUUGUUCGUACUUAUCGUAAGGGUUUUAUUUCUGAAGUUGAACAUGAUUUGCAUUCAGCAGAGAAGGAUCAAAUAUAGGAAAUUGCUCAAAUCUACAUUGAUUCUUAUACCGUUAUUUGGCAUUCCGUAUUUUAUAUCAUUCUGCUUACAAUUUUGGGUGAAUUCAAGUCAAUUGUUAGAGUUAACCUGGCUGUUGUUUGAUCAAACUUUUUCGGCAUUUCAGGGAUUUUUCGCUUCCCUGGUGUACUGCCUAUUGAACAGCGAAGUACAGACCGAAAUAAAACGAAAAUACAGUUCGAUAAAAGACCGAAACAACAAAGAGUUCAGAAGAAGCCGCACCAUAUCUCAUACCCAACAAUUCUCACUACCUCUUAACGAUGACAACAAUGAUAAUCUGCAAAACUACGGAGACGAGUUAAAUCGCAAGAAAACCGCAGAUUGUUAUUUUUAAACCAAAUAAAAUGUAUCUACUUUGUAUAAAUAAAUGUGUUGUAAAAUCCAUUUGGGAAGUGAUGUAGAUGUUAAUAUAAAUGAGUUAUAUUUAUUUCUUGCUCACGUAUCGUAUAGUAUCCUGUUUUUUCAAUUUUUUUUAAAUUCCUUGGGUUUCACCAAGGCUUUAACAUGCCCUCGAGAGAAUAUUUGUGUUAAGUAGUAUCAAGAAAUAAGUUUUAUCAGGAAAUAUACAUGUAUAAGAAGUUUUCCAUAAAUUUAAAUAUUAUUAAAUGUUUCAAUGAAUGCCUCCUAAAAACAUGUACGAUAAUAGGAGUUUUAUAACAUUCUAAAAUAUUGUUAUUAUAUCCAUUUAUGCUACAUUAAAUAAAAUUUUAUUUUUUUUGUUCUAACAAAUGGUAUAAUUUUGCAUUCCACAAAUCUUUUGCAUGCAAAUUUUUCAAAAGGAUCCUCCGAUUUUUGCCAACUACAGAAUUCAAAAGGUGUGUAAAAAAAUGUUAAAAUUCUGCCUAUGUCUUAGAUUACAUGAAUAUUUUACACGCUUAUUACAUAAUAAGUAGUCUGCUUUUGUCUGCAUCUGUUGGGAUUUUUAUUAUUUGGACGAUGAUAAAUUUUGUUUCGAUAGGCGUAGUUUUGUACAUGUGUACAGAGACGGUUUAAGGAGUAAAUUAGAUUAUAGAAAAUAAACAACAAUCUUA